CUGGGAAAAGGUUGAGCUUCCACAUAUGCAAAAAUGUGGACCAAGUCUGCCGCUGUAGCCGUCAAUCAUAAGAUUCUGUAUCUCCAUAUCCCUGAGAGAUAACAGCGGCCGUAUCAUUGGAAACCCUCUUAAUCUCCAUGUCCAUGGCCCGCUCCGGACUUUCGAAAAUCCUUUAAAUCCCCCGAUCGGCAGAUUGGGGAGCGGGCUGAGCUUAGAAGUUUUCGCGUCUAAUUUUCCGAAUUGAAGAUGCUGUUGAAGAAUAUCGUGUCAACGGCGGUCCUCGCAAUCUCGCUAUGUGCGGACAAUGCCGCAGCUAAACAUGGUCCGUUUGGCCAAAGGGCCCGCGAUUCUUUGAACCUGGCCAAACGAUCGGCAGAACGUCCGAGAACUGCGCCAAAGAAUGGGACUGAUAAAUUUCAAUUUCUGACCAAAACAACAAAGCCCUACCGUGUAAAGAGCCUACCUGAUGUCCCUUUCGAUAUCGGUGAGAUGUAUUCUGGCUUGGUACCUAUCGACAAGGGUGACGAUUCGAGGGCCCUCUUCUUUGUGUUCCAGCCAACAGUCGGGGAGCCGGUAGAUGAAAUUACUAUCUGGCUCAAUGGAGGACCCGGAUGUAGCUCCCUCGAAGGGUUCUUCCAGGAGAAUGGCAGGUUCCUUUGGCAGCCGGGGACCUUCGCCCCGGUCGAGAACCCAUAUUCUUGGGUGAACCUGACUAAUGUACUUUGGGUCGAGCAGCCAGUUGGAACAGGCUUCGCUAUCGGCAAGCCCACGGCCGUCUCUCAGGAGGAGACCGCUGAAGACUUUGUAAAGUUUUUCAAGAAUUUCCAGGAGAUCUUUGGAAUCAAGAACUUUAAGAUCUAUGUCACUGGCGAAAGUUACGCAGGUCGCUAUGUCCCCUAUAUCUCUGCCGCUAUGCUUAAUAAAAACGACACGGAGUCCUAUGACUUGAAGGGGGCUCUGAUGUACGACCCUUGCAUUGGCCAGCAUGACUAUAUCCAGGAAGAGGCCGUCGCCGUUCCAUUUGUGCAGCAGAACACAAAUCUCUUCAACUUCAACUCCAGCUUCAUGACGGAGUUGGAGGGCCUUCAUCAAUCAUGUGGCUAUAAAGAAUAUGUGGAUGAGUACCUCGUCUUCCCACCGGCUGGCGUACAGCCUCAAAAGUCCUUUAACUCUACGAGCGAAAGAGACUGUGAUGUUUUCAACUUAAUCAGUGAUGAAGCCUUAGUGGGUAACUCCUGCUUUGAUAUCUACGAGAUCAACCAGAUGUGCCCGCUCCUUUAUGACGUUCUCGCCAUGCCCACAGCGUUCAACUACAAAUCCGCAGGUGCCACUGUGUAUUUCGACCGCGCGGAUGUCAAGCGCGCCAUGCACGCCCCAUUAAACGUUACUUGGUCCGGGUGCUCAAACGAAAACGUCUACGUUGGCGAAGGCGGCCCAGAGGAUGAGGGUGACAUCUCUGCCAACCCCAUCGAGCACGUAUUGCCGCAGGUGAUUGAGGGGACGAACCGUGUCCUUGUCAGCAACGGAGACUUCGACAUGAUCAUCAUCACGAACGGAACGCUGCUGGCGAUUCAGAACAUGACGUGGAAUGGCCAGCUCGGGUUCCAGUCCGAGCCUACCACCCCGAUCAAUAUUACCCUGCCGGAUCUUGCGUGGGGCGAGGUCUUUGAAAAUAACGGAUAUUCCAUGGAGGAGGGCCAGGGAAUUAUGGGUGUUCAACACUACGAGCGCGGUCUCAUGUGGGCUGAAACUUACCAGUCUGGACAUAUGCAGCCUCAGUACCAGCCCAGGGUGUCGUACCGCCAUCUGCAAUGGCUGUUGGGUCGGGUUGAAAAGUUGUGAGGAUAGUGUUUACUGGCACUGAAUAGCUAUUAAGGCAUGUCAAGGCACCAAGCGGAGGAUAGGUUUCUGGGCUAGAAGUCUACUGACCUCAUUGUACACCAUGGCAUGAAUAUGUUGAACUAUAUCAUACUAUGUACAGAUAUAAAAUCCAUCGAACAUGAAUGAACUUUUUUCAAAACAUUUCGCGGCUUAUCAUCGUGACAAACACACAAUAUCUAUUGCAGCCUCAGUUGAUUCUCCACCGAGGAUAAAAGCAUGGUCUCUUGUCCUGCAUCACUCAUGUAACGUUUCUUGAUGAUAAAUAAAGCUUUUGAUCUGUUAAGGCAAGUACCCGUGCUCGUUCUCAAUACAGUCGACGAUGGUCCGGACAUCCGCGAUACGCAUAUGGGAAUGGACAGGUCUACUUCGGCAGCUACUCUUCGCGUGGUGACUAGCAAUACCAGCUCAUGAUGGUUCUAGCAUCGCGUUCCCAAUCAGACGGAAACUUGUUUAGGAGAACAACAGGUGUAAGGUCAAUAUGCACAGCAAUCGAAAUCAAUCAGUGCAUACAGGGCGAAAGCCUCUUCUCUGCGGAUGGCUCAU